AUGGCCACCAAGGGAGGCAGAAAUGACUACCAUAAGAGUGACGUGGACCUCCUGUUACAGAAUGAUGAGCUGCAGAGCCCUCCUAGGAGCCCCCAGCAUGGAGACCGAACCAAGAAGCUCAGUGGGGACCAGCACUGGUCAGAGUGGGAGACUCGGCUCUGGAUGUUCACCCUCCUGGCUGGGGGACGUGCUUCCUGUACUCGGCUCGCUCCAGUUUGCCCAUUUGCGCUGUGUCCGAUGAGCGAGCAGUUUGGAUGGAACAAGAAGCAGACCGGGUUGGCUCUGAGCAGCUUCUUCUGGGGCUACUGCCUGACGCAAGUCGCCGGAGGUCACCUGAGCGACAAAGUCGGUGGGGAAAGAGUCCUCCUGGUGUCCGCUCUGCUAUGGGGGCUUAUCACGAUUGUCACCCCUCUGGCCGCUCGUGCAACCACAGCAUCCCUCUAU